GACUCGCUAUCCUAUUUACAUUUGGUUAGCUGCACCCUUUGUUUACAUGGAAUAAAUAAGAAAGAAAGGCACCUAACGGUUUAUGCUGUAUUGUGUUCUGAUCUAAUUGGAAAGUAUCUUUUUUUUUGCUUUUGUGGAAAAAUACGUCUUUCUUCUUUCUCCUUGACGUGUUUGUUGGUGAGCAUAGACGAAGCACAAGUCUGUAGAUUUACAAAGUGAAAUUGAGCCAAACUAUCUUGUAUUGUACAUUUGUAAACUUGCUCGUUGGAAAGGAAAACUCUUUGGGGAAAAGAAUGCCUAUGUUUUGAUGCGAGGAUUGAAGAUUAUAUAUGAUUUACGAAAAGACAAGCUUAUAUUGAAAGUUUUCUAAAUAAUAUAAACUUUUUUAAAAAAGCGUUCACUUUAUUGUGUUGAAUAUGUCAGAUUCAAAUAGACAAUCGAUACACUCUAGGAUGGAGGACAUGAACGAUAGUUCAGGAAAAGAAGAGUUAACAGAGGAGGAAAAACAACUACAGGCUCAAUUACUUGAGGUGCAGAAGAAGAUGGAAGAGAUCAAACAAAAGAAAAGGAAAGUAGCUACUGAAGAAGAAGAAGAAACGAGACGAGCAGCGGUUGAAGUUCCUCGAUCCCCUGAGCCUGUUCGGGUCCUUACAGUGAGCUCUCCGUCCAAAAUGAAGAGCCCGAAACGGCUUUUGUUGGGAAUUGAUAAGGGAAAGACAGGAAAAGAUGUUUCCUUGGGUAGAAAACAAGGGGAACCAGCGGUCAAACCUUUUCAUGCGCGACUAGCGGAAGCUCGAGACAGUGACAAAAAAAAGGAGGAGAGAAAAAAAGAAGCAGCAAAGAAUCGAAAGACUUCAUUUCAUCGAAAGCCCAAUAGUUUGGAAACAAACAGUUCGAAAGAACCUACAUAUCCGACGCCCUGUAACGAAAUUGAGCCAUACUCUCGCCAAGUCAUAAUGGUACGCUAUUUGAGUGAUGGAGAAGUUAAGGAAAAUUUGCAGGGAUGUUAUGUGUAUCUUAUUCGUCAACUGCUAAAACUCAUAGUACCUCCAAAAUAUGAACAACCAGAUGUUGAUACGUUUGUGGUAAUGGGGAUUGUGGCUUACAAUACGGGCACACGAGAAACGAUACACAAAAAGAAAUAUUGUAUGCUUACGCUUACGGAUUUAAAAUGGCAGAUGGAGGUCUUUUUGUUUGGCAAAGCGUUUGAACGGUAUUGGAAAGUACAGCCUGGGACGGUGGUUGCCUUGCUGUGUCCAGAUAUACUAAAGCCAAAGAAUCCAGAUACAGGAAAGUUUUCAUUAAAGCUAGAUUCGGAUUACGACGUGCUAUUGGAGAUUGGAAAAUCAAAGCACUUGGGGUACUGUCAAAGCCGAAAGAAAAAUGGAGAACUUUGUAAGCAUUGGCUGGACAAUCGCUUAUCGGAGGUGUGUGAAUUUCAUGUGGAUAUGGCGGUACAAAGGACGAUGUCGCGACGAACGGAAUUUGGGUCGACCACGACGGUCAUGCAUGAACCACGAGCACGACGUGAGAAGCGUCUUCGUGGUCAAGGAUUCCAAGGGUAUUACGCGGGAGAAAAGUAUUCUGCAGUCCCAAACCUAGCGAUAGGUCUUUAUGACGCGGAAGACGCAGUUCAGCAAGAAAGAGAUCGAAAAGAACGAUACAAAAGACAACAAGCAAAAGCAGAGAGGGAAAGAGAAAUUUUACAACGAUUAACUAUGAAACGAUCGUCGUUACCGGAUGCAUCGUCGUCAUCUGUUUCGCAUUCCUCCAUGAAGAACAACAACAACAAUAAUAAGAACGAUACGGUGUCCUAUACGCCAGCUCUUACAUUAGGCCAUCAAUAUUUGAACCUACAAGCAAGAAAUUCGACAUCAGCGAGUUCUAGUGAAAUGUCGCAAUUGUCUGGUAUCCAUGGAUCGUCUACGUCUGUUGUAGGUCGGCAUCACCAGCUCGUGUCGGGAGGCCCCGACGAUAAGGGAAAGAGUAAACAACAAAAAGAUUGGAAAGACCUUUUGGUAAAGCCGAAUGCAACAAAGACGGCAGUGACGCCGGAUCCAUUUUCAUCGGAGGACAAGUGGAAAUCGGAACAAGAAGGAAGGAAGACGACGGCAUGGAAUUUACCGAAAGAGAAAAGAGAUCCGAAACAACCGGAGCAAGGAAAUUCGAAUGCAAGUAGUUUAUCGCAUGGUACAACAAUGGCACAAAGGAUAUUUUCACCUCGAAGUUUACGAAGAAUUGGAUUUGAUCCUACCUUGAGAAACAGCAAUAGCUGUCCAGGAGGAAAGGAUUCCAAAGGGCAAAAUUCAUCUGUACGCACCUUGGAUUUGAAAAACACAAAAUUCCGUUAUGAAUUUACCGAAAGCGAUGAAGAGGAUGAUUUGGAAAUUGUUGCUUGAAGAAUUCAUUCCCACUUUGGGUUUUCCAGCCAUGGUCUUUCGUCCCGGUAAUGAUUUAUGAUUGAAGAAUAAAGAAUAAAGAAUAAAGAAUAAAG